UCUCCGAUUUCGCUCCUCCUCGUUGUUUUCAUGGGGCAAGGCGCGUGCGCUACUGGCUGGCCGAGGAAAAGAUCGCGCAGGCGUAGUGGCGGCUUUUGAACUCGGCUGGGGUCGGAGUGCCAGGGUAUCCUGUGGCAGAACAUUCUCACAAGAAGCUGAGGACCGAAAGGAUCUAUUUAACAAUGAUGAAUGCGGAUAUGGAUGCUGUUGAGACUGAAAAUCAAAUAGAAUUAGAAGAAAAAACACGACUUAUCAAUCAGGUUUUGGAACUGCAGCAUACACUUGAAGAUCUAUCUGCAAGAGUAGAUGCUGUUAAAGAAGAAAAUUUGAAAUUGAAAUCAGAAAAUCAGGUUCUUGGACAAUAUAUAGAAAACCUCAUGUCUGCCUCUAGUGUUUUUCAGACUACCGACACAAAAAGCAAAAGAAAGUAAGGCGCUGGUAACCAAACAAUACUAUUGUAUUGCUGCUGCUUUUGUUUAAUUUUAAAUUACAUAAGGCUACAUAAUACUCUAGUUUGUAUCAUCAUUGAAGUUAUGAAAUUUUAAUGUUAGUUCUAGACAUUUUAAUUUUUUUAACGAAUUGGACAGUACAAGUCAGUAAUGUCAGUUUUCAGCAACAUAGCAUAGAGAAGAUAUAUUUAUUACUACCACAGUCUGACUACAAGUGCUUUUGAAAAUCAGUUCUGCUUUUAUGGUUAAUGUCAUACAUGGCCAAGUACUGUAAUUAUCAUGGUUUUAUAGUAUUACUAUUUGCUAGCAACAUAAUACAGUGUUGUGCGGAGUGGUAUGAAAAUACUUAUUUGGAAUGAAUUAUUUGCAUGACUUCUGUUAGUUUUCAAAAAAGUUGUACAUUCUCCAUCUCUUCUGCAUCCUCCAGGAAAAUCUAUUCUAAUUCUUCCAGAUGAAGAUAUAGUUUAGCUUGUUGAGUGGUGGAAGGUAAUUCUUUUAAAUGAUGGUGUAUAAUGUAUUGCUUGCAAAAUUGUAAAGUGGAAAAAGAACACUCUAUAGCUUGAUAUACCACUCUGGAAUUAAUAAAUUAUAAUUUUAAAAAUGU